GAAAAAAAAGCCUUGUUGGCGUUCUUGUGGGAAAAGCUUUGCUUGCAGUUGCUGUGCUGGCUUUUGCUGUGGCUGCCUGCUUGCUGCUCCUAAAGCUAAAACCUCCUCUCCACUGCAGUCCAAAAAGCCUGUCUAAUUCAUUACUCCAUAUUUUCCUCGAAAAUCCCAAACCCACAAGGAAAGGAAAAUCCUUUCUGGGAAAUUUCUCUCAAUCUGGGUUCAGGAAAAGCCUGCAAACCCCCAAAAGCAGCAGCAGGCUGCAAUAGUGGCUCUUACCUACUGAUCAGUGAUUACUGUAUGAGUGAGAAUCAUGUGAGUUGAAGACCAAAGGAGGAAGCGAGAGAGAGAGAGAGAGAGAGAGAGAGAGAGAGAGCUAACUGGUUGGUUGGUUGGUUGGUUGUAGUAAAUUCGUUGCCCAGCAACACAAAACAGCCACUUUCUAAUUGUUCUUCCUCUCUGCAAAAGAGAGUGAGGCUUUCCCUUUUUGCUGCAAUUUCAGAUUGUUGUUCUUCCCUUUUCUUCUUCUGUGGGUAUCAUCACAAAUGGCGGCGAGUGCUUCGAGGUUCAUCAAAUGCGUGACAGUUGGAGAUGGUGCUGUGGGCAAGACCUGUAUGCUCAUCUGCUACACCAGCAACAAGUUCCCUACCGAUUACAUACCCACAGUGUUCGACAAUUUCAGCGCUAAUGUUGUAGUAGAAGGAACCACUGUCAACUUGGGCCUCUGGGAUACAGCUGGCCAGGAAGAUUACAACAGGCUAAGGCCAUUGAGCUAUAGAGGUGCAGAUGUCUUUGUCUUAGCUUUCUCGCUAGUUAGCCGGGCCAGUUACGAGAAUGUACUUAAGAAGUGGAUUCCUGAGCUCCAGCAUUAUGCCCCUGGGAUCCCACUAGUGCUGGUUGGUACCAAAUUAGAUCUUCGCAACGAUAAGCACUAUAUGGCUGAUCACCCUGGGCUGGUUCCCGUUACCACUGAACAGGGAGAGGAGCUCCGGAAGCUGGUGGGUGCAGCAUACUACAUUGAGUGCAGCUCCAAAACUCAGCAGAACGUCAAGGCGGUGUUUGAUGCUGCCAUCAAAGUAGUGAUCAAGCCAGCAACAAAACUGAAAGAUGCAAAGAAGAAGAAGAAGAAGCAGCGUCGGGGUUGCCUCUUGUUAGAACGUUCUUUGUGGGAGGAAAUUGGUUUGCCUGAAAUGAAGUCUCUGCCCGCAGCCUUUGAGGUUUGAACUUAGCUUUUCUGACCACGGCCACAACGACGACAACAAACUCACGUAUAGAUAGCUUCCAAAGAUUUCCCUUUUCACCAUUUUGGCAAUGCAUCCCUCCCAGCUUUCGACGGAUGGAGUCUCUUUUCCUUCUGCUUGUGCUCUUUCUUUCCAUUUGCUUCAGAUGGUUUGUAAGAUGGCACAUAUCAGAGAUCCUAGAUCUACACUAAUCCUUCAUCCUUCUGCUUUCAAAUCUGUAUAAUCAUACCAGCCCUUGUAUGUAGAACUAUGUAUGGUUUUAUUCUUAUCGUGCGCCAUCACACCACUUGAACGUAAUCAUAACUCAGUUACGUAUUCACUGUCGAAUCAUCAUUCACAAGUUACACC